AUGAUACAUCUGAGAUUACAGAAGAUAGGGGUAAGGAGAGAGGGAGAUGAAGAAGAUCAUCUUCGGCUGCUGUUGAUCGGUAAAGCCGGAUCAGGGAAAAGCGCCGCAGGAAACACCAUCUUUAAUGAAAGUGUGUUCCAAUCGAAAAUAAGCUCCUCAUCUGUGACCAAAACCUGUAAACCACACACAGAUGCUGUUAAUAACAGGAGAGUGACAGUGAUUGAUACUCCAGACUUCUUCUCCACUGACAGAAACAUUCAUUCAGACUCUGAGCUGAAGAGAGCUCUUGAAUUAUGUUCUCCAGGCGCUCAUGUCAUCCUGCUUACUCUGUCUUUAAGCACGUUCACUGAGCUGGAGAUGAAGGUUGUGCGUCGGUUUGAACAGAUGUUUGGUUCAGAAGCUCUCAGAUUUACUCUAGUCCUCUUCACUCAUGCAGAAAAUAUAAGCAAUGGCCAGUUAAGAUCUCUGAUCAGGAGAAAUAAUGUAUUGUCUGGUUUUAUUAACCGAUGUGGAUGGAGGGUUUGUGGAAUGAACAAUAAAGAUCCCGCAAACAGACGACAGGUGACUGAACUCAUGGAGAAGAUUGACAGACUGGUGUCUGAGAACACAAACUCCUGCUACACACUAGAUCUGAUGCAGGAGACUGAGAGGAGGAGACAGGAGGAGGAGAGGAGAGAAGAGGAGGAGAAGAGAGCACAGGAGGAGAGGAAAGAGAGAGAACAUCAGAUGACAUUAGACGCAGUCAAAGAAGAGACAGAAAUACGUGUGAGGAGAGAACAUGAAGAACAGGAAAGAGCCAAGAUACUGGAGAAACAGAAGAAAGCUGAGGAGAGAGAGAAGAGGCAGAUCCUUCAAAAGAAUUGGUUUUACUGUCAAACGUUCCUUGCUUUGUUGUUGCUUUUUUAUGUCAGCAAUGGUGUUAUGGAAAGGUCAAAGGAAAGAGGAAGUGGAGAAUGCGAGGAGAAAUGA